AUGGACAUGGAUUUGGAUUUGAGCAUCGGCCUAGUCGAGCCGCAGCAGCUUGUUGACCCUCGUUCGUCAGGCGUGGGCCUGAGCGAUUCAUGCUUUCCAGCACCAGCACCACCAGCGUCAGCUCCAGCACUCCUGCCAAACGGCUGCCAUAGCCUCGUCCUUCCCAGCAACAACAACAACAGCAACAACAACAACAACAACAACAGCAAUAACAACCACAUCCCCAAGAGGACUUCCUCCUCCUCCGUCUCAUCUUCUCUCCCCGUCGACGCCGCCGCUGCCUCAUCCUUUCUACAGCCCCUCGUCUGGCCAGCCGAUCUGAACCCCUUUGCCGUCGCCGAUCCCAGUAACCAGCAGCCCGUUGGCGCCGUCGCCGCACCUCCGUCCCAUCCACCGGUCGUGCCUCGACCCUGUGCGCCGGCCGGCCUCACCCUCGACGUCAGCGCCGCCGCCCUUCUCCCAUCGCCCCCCGACUCCAUCGACUCCGCCGUCGCCGUCGCCAGCGCCGCCUCGUCGCACUUUAGCCUAGGGCCUUGCUUCAGCGCCACCAGCUCUGCCCAGACCUCGCCCCCCUCGUCCGCCGACAACGGCGUCUCGCCACGGUCUCGCGGUCGGCCUCCUAAACGCAAGCCGUCUGCCGCCGCCGCCGCCGCCGCCGCCGCCGCCGCUGUCAACAUGUCUGGGCAGAAGCGAGCGGUCGAGCGCGGCGGGAGCAGUGGCGAUGACAGCCCGGAGCACUCGGCCACCGGGAGCCAGGGCGGCGCCAAGCCAAAGGCCGCUCGCGUAGAGCGCGGCCCGGAGGAUUUUUCGUCCGUCGUCAAGAAUCGUUUACAGUCUUAUACGCGCACUGGCCAAGCCUGCGACAGAUGCAAGGUUCGAAAGAUUCGAUGCGAUGCUCUUCCCGAAGGCUGCUCCCACUGCAUUAAUUUAAAUCUCGAAUGUUACGUCACCGACAGAGUAUCCGGGCGCACCGAGCGUCGCGGCUACAUGCAGGAGCUCGAACGCGACAAGAAUGGCAUGGUCUCACACAUUCGGCAGCUCGAAAAACUUUUGCUCGAGAAUGGAGUCCAGGUCCGACCCUGGCAGGAGGAAAAGUCUAGCCCCGAUGCCGAUGCCGAUGCCGAUUCCGCCGAGCCGCCCUCUCCAGCGUCGGAAUGGGCGCAGAUUGGGUCGCUAUGGGUCAAAAACUAUACGAAGAGGCCGUCGUAUGCUCCACGCUUCCCACGCAGCAAGCUCGAGUCUCGCUCAGAUUCUAAGGGAACUGUUGCGGGUCGAACCGUUGCGCCGCUCAACUCUAUGCGCGGCACUAAACUGACCUUUCUGGGCACUACCAUUGACACGAGCUCCUUCCCCAUCCCGGACGUUGAUGAGCCCGAAGAUCCAAACGAUACCACGCCUCUCUACAACAAAUCUUCCCAUGCCUUCCUUCAAACGACAGCCGGCGUUAACCCGCCCGUCCAGGUCGACCUUCCGUCGCGACAGGAGGCCUUUACGUAUGCGGAGUGGUACUUCAUGACCAUGGGCGCCUUUCUCCCGGUUUUGCAUCAGCCUUCCUUCAUGGCAUUGCUCGCACGAGUUUAUGACGAGCCGGAAUUUCAACCCACCGCCGCUCAGAUUGCCCAGGUACACAUGGUCUUUGCCACGAUUCUCUUCCAAUAUGGCGUACGCAACUGGCAGCAAGCAGACCAGCGUUACCACCUCAACGACCUCUCAAAUAAGCACUUUCACUUUGCCAUAUCCAAAUGGCACCAGCUACUAUUAUCAAGAGAAUUGGAGGCCGUGCAGGCUUUGGCUCUCAUCGUGUCUCACGUCAGGCAAUUCCCCAAGCUCGGGUGCGGAGCAUUCGUCGCGCAUGCGGUGCUGCAACGCGCGAUCGACUUUAAUCUGCAUCGAAAUAUUCAGCAAGAAGGCGAACAGACCAAUCUGACCAACGAGCUGCGGAAAAGACUGUGGUGGAGCAUCCUGAUGACUGUUGUCGCUAUUACUGGACGUCGAGGGUACCCUGUCCCCAUUGCUGUCGAAGAAAUCGACGCCGAGUUCCCGGAGCCGAUUGCAGAUGAGCUACUGACGGAGGAAGGCGUCGUCGAUUCAUCACGUAAUCUCCCUUGCCCGUUUGAACCUGCCAUUGCCGGCUUCAAGAUCACGCCGGUUUUCAUGGAAGUCUUUUCGAACAUCCACAGCGUUCGAGGUGAUCCUCAAAGUUAUCUUUCUGUCGUACAAGCGCUAGAGGAGCAACUUGAACAGUGGGAGUUUGAACUACCUGAGUCGCUCAAGCUCUCCGACGAUGCGCCGGUUGACAUCCAAUCCAUGGCGCCACUGUUCAUGCGCACAUAUGUGCUGGAGGUUCGUCUGUCGCUGCGUCAUCCCGGCGUGGCCAUGACAACAGACAAGCAAAUCAUUGCAGAAAAUACUCGCAUCUGUGCCGAGACGGGAAGAGAGUUCCUGCAAGUUGCUCAGAAGAUUCAGCAACUCAAGUGUUUGGAUACGACCUGGUAUACAGUGUCCUUUGCCUCGGCUUGCAUCUUUGCCAUGCUAGUUGCGCAGUGGGAAAAGAGAUUUGAAACUACAGAGGAGGAGUUUACCUCUUUGCAGAAGGACAUGGCCAGCUGGAUGUCUAUCCUGGAAGACAUCGGUGCAAUUCUUGGUUCCAAGCAAAGUAUUGCUGAUGAGAUCCGGAGAAUCAUGGAACGGACACUCGGCUGGAUUCGACAUGACAUGGACAAGAAAGCGCCUGGCACAAUAGAGGCCUCUGGCAAAGGAAAGUCACUUCCCAAGUCUCGGACUAAGGGCCGCCGCCGAUCCGACUCUCUUCCGCGCAAGCAAUCGCUUAAGCCAGGCCAGCCACAGAUCGAAGAGAGUCCACACACGGCACCGCAGGCUGCUCAGCAAGUCCCAACGCAGGCCGUGGCUCAAGCACCAGUUGGCACGCAAGCACCAGCUGGUGCGAUUGCCAACUCCACCAGCGCAGAUAAUAAAGGCUUUUAUUCCGGGCAGGCGAUGGCGACGCAGCCGACGCAGCAGAAUUAUCAAACCGUCGGAUAUGGAGACGCUCACAUGCAAACCAUGAACCCUACUGGCUACCAGGCUGACGCGCCACCGAUGCUGUACAGCAAUCCGGCGCCGGCGGAUGUCGCGCCCAUGGCCGACUCCUCCGUGCAGACCAACCCUUUGAUUGCGUUUGCGCCAUCGGCGACCCAGCAGCUGCCACCGAGCACCGAGGCAGAGUACAUGUGGAACGGCCGCGGCAACACCUGGCAGGACUGGACGGCCGCCAUCGCGGACACGAAUGACCGCUACGGAGCCAAUACCUUGCUAACGCUUGGAGGCGGUGCGAUGCCGCAGCAAAGCGCACAGCCGAUGGAUUCGUCUUUUAUUAUCAAUAGCGGCCCGCUGGGGCAGCAGGGUGGCAUUCAUCAACCUGCUCCGCCUGGACAGCCGUGGCCGAUCAUGAUGUUCGACAGCAAUAACUCUGCGACGACAGGAUAG